AAAAGAGGUAUAGACUCCUUCUCACAGAGAGAGAUAUCAUAUUUAAUAAAAAUAAUUGCGUUUCCAUGUUGUAUAUACUGUGAGAGACCAGAUAUAGUGAAUGCAGGGUCCAGGGAGACCAGAUAUAGUGAAUGCAGGAGUCCGGGGAGACCAGAUAUAGUGAAUGCAGGGUCUGGGGAGACCACUUAUAGUGAAUGCAGGAUCCGGGGAGAGCAGAUAUAAUGAAUGCAGGGUCUGGGGAGACCGGAUAUAGUGAAUGCAGGGUCCGGGGAGAGCAGAUAUAGUGAAUGCAGGGUCCGGGGAGAGCGGAUAUAGUAAAUGCAGGGUCCGGGGAGACCAGAUAUAGUGAAUGCAGGGUCCGGGGAGAGCAGAUAUAGUGAAUGCAGGGUCCGGGGAGAGCGGAUAUAGUAAAUGCGGGGUCCGGGGAGACCAGAUAUAGUGAAUGCAGGGUCUGGGGAGACCAGAUAUAGUGAAUGCAGGGUC